CUUGUUGUUGUUUUGAUGGCGACACGAGAGGAGACGGUCGCCCUCCCCGCCCUCACACCUUUACUAUGAAUAUUACGAAGAUGGAAUUCAGAUGAUGAUCUGUCAUCCAACACAAGAGUGAUGCCAUUGUGUUAAAUACUGUUGAAAAUCAGUGAGUUACCAUUGCUCCAGUGUGUGCUGAAAAACUUUAUAGUCAAAUAAUUGGGAGAAAUGUGCAUCAAAAAAGCAUUCCAUCAUUUGUUUUUUGAAAUCUGAUAACCUAGGAAAUGCUCACCAGAAAACAGGAACAGUAGCAAACAUUGAGUGCAGUUCAAGGAAUUGUUUUGAGAAUGAAGCAACAAGACUAAUAUUCCCACAUGACAUACACAUGUACUACAACAUUUGUGUCUAUUUCUUGUUUUUCUGAUUUGAAUAGACAUGGUGCACGAUCUCUCAUUAAGCUGCAAAAGUUCACGCUUUGAUUUAGUUUUAUAUACGGAAGGAAAUAUAUAGUAAUUAUACUUUUCACGUUUCUCACCUGUCAAAUACUCACAUGUAAGAGUUCCCUGGAUGUUACAAUAGUUUGUUAUGAAACACAAAGGCAUCAUACAAGCCCACAUCCUGUCACACAUCUCAGACCACUUCAUAGUUGCUCUGAACUAGCCUGCUGUGUCACAAGGGAAGGCUGGGCAGUUGUUGUCAUUCCACCAAGCUCCUUCAUUCUGAGUGAAGAGAAGAACUGUCUGUGCCUGGAGUGCAGCUAUGGCUCUCAGUGCUGAAUAUCAGUGGGCAUACUCCAUUGUGGACUCCUCCCGAGUCUCCACCUUUCUCAUUUCCAUCCUCCUCAUCGUGUAUGGCAGUUUCAGAUCUCUUAACCUGGAACAAGAGGCAAGAGAAAGGGAAUCAGAGAAAGAAAGAAAUAAACUACUUGGAAUAGCUACACCUGGUUCUUCAAGUGACAAUAAUGUACAAACCCUGGACACUAUGCAAGCACUGUGUCUGCCUCUUGGGGCUUCCGUGUCCCUGCUUAUCAUGUUCUUCUUCUUCGACUCCAUGCAGAUGUUGUUUGCUGUGUGCACUGCAAUUAUAGCCACAGUAGCACUGGCCUUCCUGCUGCUUCCAAUGUGUCAGUACAUCAGCCGCCCUUGCUCAGAUAAUAAAAAAAUAUCGUUUGGAAUGUGUGGGAGAUUCACUGGAGCAGAAAUAAUGGCUUUCUGUCUCUCUGUGUCCAUUGUUUGCAUCUGGGUGAUGACUGGUCAUUGGCUUCUCAUGGAUGCAAUGGGAAUGGGUCUGUGUGUGGCAUUCAUUGCAUUUGUGCGCCUACCCAGCCUGAAAGUAUCGACACUGCUCCUAACUGGUCUGCUGGUGUAUGAUGUGUUUUGGGUUUUCUUUUCAUCAUAUCUCUUCAAUGCUAAUGUCAUGGUCAAGGUUGCCACACGGCCAGCAGACAACCCCGUGGGAGUCAUGGCACGCAAGUUACAUUUGGGUAGUAUGGGUCGUGAGGCUCCAAAGCUUUCCCUCCCUGGGAAACUGGUCUUCCCUUCCAUGCACAACAAUGGACAUUUCUCAAUGCUGGGCUUGGGUGACAUUGUGAUGCCGGGCCUUCUGUUGUGCUUUGUCCUCCGAUACGAUGCCUAUAAGAAGGCUCAGCUUCUUUCUGCUGAGGCUGGAGUACCUCCACCUUCUAAUUUGGGCAAAAUAAGUUACUUCCAUUGCUCCUUGAUUGGCUAUUUCCUGGGCCUGUUGACAGCCACUGUGUCAUCAGAAGUAUUCAAGGCUGCACAACCUGCUCUCCUGUACUUAGUGCCCUUCACUCUCCUUCCUCUGCUCACUAUGGCUUACCUCAAGGGCGACCUACGCAGAAUGUGGAGUGAGCCUUUCAUCAUCCAGACCCAGAGCAAGAACCUUGAUGUGUGACUGUGGGUGAGAUAUAGUUGUGUAACUGUGAAUAUGAGAUUACUGUGUCCGUAAACAUUGAUAGAAACCCUUGAAUGUGUGCAUCAUUGAAAACCGAAAACCUCUAUAAUUUUCAUCUAAUGUACAGAUAAUACAAACUGGUGAACAGUGAGAGGAACAUAUGAUGUACAUGAGCUUUGAUAUGCUGCCACAUGACUUGAUCUGUCAAGAAACAAAAGCUUUGGAAUUGAAUUUUGUACAUAGCUUGUAGUACAGUAAUGAAGAAAAUGAACAUAUUCAAGAAGCAUGAGUGUUGAAUACAUCGGUAUGAUAAUGUUAUGUUCAGGCAUUUCAGAAUAAUGCAGCAUAUUUGUUUUAUAUACAGUGCUGAUAUAAUAAAAUGUUUAAUGCUAUAAUGCAGCUAAGUUAGUGUUGCUAUGUGACAAGAUUUAAUUUUGUAUAUGUCAGACUUUUGUCUUGAUUCUUAACCGUAGAGAAUGUACAUAUUCUAUAUUUUUUAUUUACAUACAUUUUUAUGAGAGGACCUGAAAAAUUGUGUACCUUUGUGACCUCUGUAAUGAUGCCAGCAGGCAGGUUGUGGCUUGCCUUGUGUGGGAAGUUCAGUGAAGUGUUUACAGGGUUAUUAAUGUUCAUAUGUCACUGAUGCUGCCAUUUCCCAGUUUUAUUGACUGAAAUGUUUUAAGCACACUACUGUACUAUAAAGUAUUUUGUAGUCAUGAAGACAAUUAAUGUUUCCAAAUGAUGUAAGGGAUUUUCACUUGAUGUGCAGUGGAUGAUUCUUUUGCUGCAGUUGAGUCAGUUACAUGAAUAAUGAAGCUUAGAAUUAGAUAAAUGAUACUCAAUGCCUGGUACAAUCUUCAAGAUAGGACUAACAUGGGAAAAAAAAAAAAAAAUGCUUCUUUGUCUUCAACACGUGCAGGUGAAAAUGACAAUGUGUAUACAGUAAAGGCAGUCACAAAGUACAACAUAACAACUGGAUUUCCUUGUUACACUAUUUUACCUGGAUGUUUACAGUCAAUACUGGUGCUGAAGGUCAGUUUAAGCAUAAGUAGUCCCAUCAAAUGAAUUACUCAAAGUGAUGCUGUGAAAGAGUAUAGAUAUGUGAAUGUUAAACAUCAGAAACAUUUUUAAAUUAAUCAAAGUGAACAUUUCAAACACUGUACUACAAUGAUGAAGAUUGUAAUUCAUACUUACACAUGCACAUACACACAUACAUAUAUGUACAUUUAUACAUAUGCAGUGGGGACCCUGAAAUCCAAAUGCUCUAUUGUUUGAAUGCAUUAUAAUAUGAAAAAUUUCUUCAAGAAAAUUUGGCCCUAAAAACCACAUGCAUUGUGAAAACUGAGCACCAGUGUAACACUUUUCCUGGCAUCAAAGAUGUUUCACCCUCUAGGAUGCACUCCAAAUCUGACAAAAAUUUUGAAAAAAAGAUAGUAUAAAAAAGAGAAUGCAAAGAUGAUAGACAGAAUAAAUGCAAACAAUCCUAAAAUAAAGAUAAAUAUCAUGCAUUAUUUAAAAGACAACCGCAGGAUAGUGGAAACUUGGUUAUGUAGUUUUAUAUUUUGGAACCAUCAUAGAGAGUGAACCAAGGUGGCAGUGAACAGUGAUUAAGUGAUAAGAUAGUAAAUAUCCUUAACAUACUGCAGAUUUGUUUAGUGAUAAUAAUCACUUGAAGUCUGGAUGUUUGAGAAGAGUGAAAUAAUCUGCACUAUUGAAAUAUUAGUACCACUCAUGCAUUGCUUCAUCUCCCAUACUCUUCCCAUACAGAAAUCAACUUUUGUGUUUGCAUUUUUUUUUUUUUUUUUUUUUUUUUUUUUUACAUUACGGUACUUUUCUUUAUUUACUACUUGCAUUAAAUGUAAUUCAGGGUUUUCUUUUAGCUGCAGUAAUGAAUUAAUUCAUUUUCCAUUAUUUUGAAUGGGAAAAAAAUUGUUUCAGUCUGAACAGCCUUUUGAUUCAGAUUCCAAGGCACUACUGUUCUUGAUUCUGAUCUUGAUGUAUAGUUUAUAAAUUUUACUUCAUCACCACCACCAUAACCAUCAGUAGCAUCACAUUGUCAUCAUCUUGAUCAUCAUCAUCAUCACCAUCAGUUCUGAUGCCUUUCUCCUCACCAGGAAACCCUACGACAAGGGAACACCAUUGCAGAAGUGCCCUCAGGAUACUCAUUCUUUACAAUAAUUCUUUUCAUUCAUGUGACGAUCACUUUCAUCUCACCUAUUCCACAUGCACCCUCCACAUUACCUUUCCUUUUGUGUAUCUCUUAUUGAGCUUCAAAAUCACUUUUUAUUUUAAUCAAUCUGCCAGCAUUUAUUUCCUGGGCUCUUAUCUGUCUUCACACCAUAAUCAUUUCAUUCACCUCCAUAUUAUGUCCUCUCCUCAUCAGAUGGAUAACUAUUCUUAGGCAAGGCUUCCCUAUUCCCAGAAUCCAUGUUAUCCAAACUUGGUCAUCACAGCUAUUACGAGUAGAAUAAUGUAUGAGAUUACAAUUGUCAUGGUAAUUACUAGCAAUGGUUUUUUUUUUUUUUUUUUUUUUUUAUAACUCCUUAUUGUUUCCUUAUGUACACCAUGACAUCAUCAUUAUCUUCAUUAUUAGUUGUCACACAUGAGUGUUAACCUAGCCCUUAUCCUGUUAUUGCAUAUAGGUGUGGACACACACACACACACACACACACACACACACACACACACACACACACACACACACACACACACACACACACACACACACACACACACAAACAAACCAUAGAAAGGCAUAACAAUUAGCCUACCAUUUUCACACCACCUAGCUAAGUUACAAUUCUGCCCAAAUUAUGCCCUGUAUUUUACUUGAUGAAUAUGGGCUAUAAUUUGAAAGAAACAAGUCCAAUGUGUUUGUGCCUAGCUAAGGAUUUGAGCUUAGGCUUUCCUGAUUGUGAGUCAGAUGUACCAACCACAACUCAUACACCACUGGGCCAUUGUACAAUUACCUCAAAAUUUUAUAUAUACCAAAAUGUGCAGAUCAUCAUUGGUGGGAAGAGCAAUUAUACAUAAAACAACCACCCAGCCUUAUUGCAUGGAAAAACACAGUGGCAGUGUGAAUAUACCUGCUCCUAACCCUCAAAGGCUUUGAUGUUCACCAUUUUUGCUAACUUCUGGGAAUGAGCAUCUCUACUGCUAAUGAUCACCAUGGGAGGCUUGCAAAUGAAGAAAUAGCUCUUGCCUUAACUCUACUGAAACCAAAUCUAUAAUACACAUAGCUCAGACUAUUGUCGUCAUAUAACAAAGAGGUGGCUAACUUCCCUUCUGGUGUUCUUAGACAAAAAGGUGGAAAUAGCAUGAAGAAAAGAUCCCUCGUUAGACAAAAAAUCUGAAAUGAGAUGGAAUAAUGAGGAUUCUCCUUGAUCUAAUCACUUUUUUCUUUAAAAAUCUUCAUAAAAGUUGAUAAAACCAGAUUAUAUUUUACCUUUUCCACCACUGAAAGUACUUUCAGAUUCCAGUUUGCAAAAUCUUAUCUGGUAUGUUGUAUGAUUCUGGUAGAAUCUUCUCAGUAUCAUUAAAUUGUUUUAAAACUUGGUUUUCAAGUAAUGUACACAUGGUUGAGUUGGAGAAAUAGAUGGUUUGAGGAACCAUUGCUGUAUGUCUCUCUCUCUCUCUCUCUCUCUCUCUCUCUCUCUCUCUCUCUCUCUCUCUCUCUCUCUCUCUCUCUCUCUCUCUCUCUCUCUCUCUCUCUCUCUCUCUCUCUCUCUCUCUCUCUCUCUUCAAGAGUGUUACAGUGGAGAACUUUUAUUAUUCCCAUAACUGAUCCCACUUGAUUCACAGUAUAUUUUGUAUCUGCCAUAGUUGUACCUGGAUGCUGAAUUCUCAUCAGUAACACCAAUGUACAUAUUGUUAUAAAAACCACCACCACCAUAUUGUUAGAAGAUGAAAAAGGUCAAAAUGCGACUUACUUGAGAAAGGUUGCAUUAAGUAUUGAGAAUUAUUUUUCUUAAUAUCCAUAACAGUGGAUUAAUUGUCUGUGGCUGAACAGGUUUGGAUAUAUGCAUGGUUACUAUGACAGAUUGAUUAGUUUCUCUCUCUCUCUCUCUCUCUCUCUCUCUCUCUCUCUCUCUCUCUCUCUCUCUCUCUCUCUCUCUCUCUCUCUCUCUCUCUCUCUCUCUCUCUCUCUCUCUCUCUCUCUCUCUCCAAAUUAAUUCAAUCACUCCACAUAUUGAGAGGAAUGGAUGAAGUUAUGACAGAAUAGAGUGAACAUGAAUCCAUCAGGUGCAGUUUGAAAAGUAGGAAAUUCAUAUCAUACAGCAAAUGUUUAAAUCACAUUUCAUUACUUUAUUGAUGAAAUGCAUCAUGUUUUCACUAGCCAGUACUACAGUCCAUGUAAUGAGCAAACACCAUCACACAUUCAUUUCUGUAUCAACCCAGAGACAUCAUCUUAGCAGUAGUGUUUAGUGUUUAGUGUGUCCAGUUUCUGUAGAUUAAAUUUCAAGAAAAUAUGGAAAAUGCUUGCUUAUGUUUUUAUUUUAUGUACGGGAAACAAUUGUUACAUGUAAAGGUAUUGAGAAUAAAGCCUACAGUGUAAAUCCCAGUGAAAGCUGUCUGCAUUCUUGAUAACGAUGGUUUGUUAGUGUGGCAGUUUAUGAAACACUUGGCUGAAUGGUAUUCAUAUUCUGAAUGUGAAAACAAAAGCACUUCAUGGAAAAGUAAGUAGAAUCUCUCAUCAUAUCUGGAUGUAGUUGUUUUAUUUUUUAGAUUGACAUAUAGUUGCAUCUUACAUACAAUACUAUUUUCAGAAUGAGAUUUAAGGGAAUUAAAUUAUUUGUUUGUUUAUUUUUUUAUGUCACUUGUCUGUGAAAUGUCUAGUGAAACCUUGCAAGCUUGCACACAAGCUUCACUGAGGAAUAGAAUUUCACACACAGUCACUGUUAUAUGAAUUACAAUCCCAUUGGUGCAUGUUAGGUUUUGAUAAAAACUUCUAUAUGUCUGUAUUAUUUUGAUAAGUUGAAUAAGUAUCUGACAUAAUAAAAGGACAUUUAGAGAUGCAUAUGUAAUGUGUCUGAAAUUUUUUACAUUUAUGCAAAUGAAGUGGUUACCUAACAUUUUGAAAUUAUGUAAAAAUUUUUGACUACAUGAAAAGAAGUGGGUAAUAUGCAGCUGUAGAAAUUAUGGAUGAUGGAAGUGACUGCAUGGACAUUUUUGUGUUACUGACAUAGUAGUUUCUCAUAUUCUUUGUUUAUUUUCUGUGAUCUAAUUUACUGAUAAAGUACCCAAUAUAUCAA